AUGUCGGCUUCAAAGAAACUUAUUGUUUGCGGAGGGACCGGUUUUUUGGGCUCUCGUAUCUGCAAAUAUGCUGUUGCUCGAGGAUGGGAUGUAACCUCCAUCAGCCGUUCUGGUGACCCCCGGUGGGACACUAUCAGCGCCUCGGCUACACCUCCGUCUUGGGCACAUAAAGUGAGCUGGGAGCGUGGUGAUAUUCUUCGUCCGGCUACGUAUGCUCCAUUACUCAAUGGCGCUGACUUCGUGGUGCACAGCAUGGGCAUCCUCCUGGAGGCCGAUUACAAGGGCGCCAUCUCAGGCAAGGAGUCCCCCAUUGCUGGUCUUCAGAAAGCUUUUGCUCCCGUCCGUGACCGAGGUGUGGACCCUUUGGCUAAAGGACAAGGAGAGGACAUCAAGCCUCCAAACCCCAAGGAUCAAUUCACAUAUGAGAUUAUGAACCGCGACAGUGCAGUCACAUUGGCUAAGCACGCGGUUGCUGCUAAAGUGGGUGCCUUCUGCUACAUCUCUGCUGCAGCAGGUGCUCCUGUUCUCCCUCAACGAUAUAUAUCGACCAAGCGAGAGGCCGAGAUCACCAUUGCCAGCAAGUUCCCAGAGCUCAGAGGUCUUUUCAUUCGCCCUUCUUUCAUGUUUGAUAGCUCACGCCCGGUGACAAUGCCUCUGGCUGCAAUGGUUGGCCUUGGCACAGCCUUCAACGGUCUUACAGGCAACUACUUCAAGACUUUCAUUGGUGCGGCAGGAGUCAAGCCUUUGAAGGUUGAGACUGUGGCGGAGGCAGUGGUUGAGGCCCUGGGCGAUGAGACCAUCAAGGGUGCCAUCGACGUGCCAGAAAUUGAGGAGUUGGCAAGCAAAGCCUGGAGAAAAGCCAUGCUGUAG